AAAUAUGUUCAUAUUUGUUACAGAUAAGAUGGUGGAGGUCCUAUUUUUCUGGAGGUUUGUGGUGGCAUAGAUGCUGCUGUUGGCAGGGGACAGAUAGGAUUAGGGUCAUCGCACAAUAACGUUUAUUAUCAGCAGGUUCAGAGCAAUUCAAUUAAUAGAAGAGAGUUUGAGGUUUUUGUAUUUAAUCUUCUGUAUUUAUAUGCCUGUUGCUUGCUGUAUGGUUGUUGUUUAAGUAUUUCUGGGUUUGUGAUCUGGAUUCACCUAUAAAGAUGUAAAAGUAUAAUGUUUACAUGAGGGCUCAUCUUUCUGUCCUCAAAUCCAGAUACGGGCUUUAUUUUUCCCAGUUCCUCUUUCUCCUAGUUGCCCACACUGCUGUUGCCUUUUUCAUCUUCCAGACAAAACAGACUUCUGUCUGCUUAAGCAGUGCUGAAUUUUCAAGCCAGAGUGCCUCUCUCGUCUGCAUGUCAGCGCAGCAUCCGUCAGCUUCAAUCUAUCACUGUACUUUAAUGUCCUGGAUCCUGACACAUACGGGUACAGGACACCCAUGCUGACAUGUUGGUUUUAGUGUACUCAAGAUGCACAUUUAACAGUUCAUUCAUCCAUGCAUGGUUCCACAUAACAGCUUUAUUCUUAUUUUCCUUUUUAGAUUGGAGAUUUGUAGCCUGCUGAAGUUGCAUUUGGUAGAAACAGGAGUGAGUCACCAGAUGGGUAUUUUUAGCUGUGCAAAUAAUUUCCUCCAUAUUAUUGUGUUAUACUGUGCUUCAUUUGAUUACGUGCCUUGCUGUAUUCAUUUAAGUAUGUUUAGGGAUGGGUGCAUCAUCAGACUGGUCUGCUUCCAUUGCCCUCCACACCCCUGUGGUUGUUGCAUUUCUGAGGUUUUAUCUGAGUGUAAAAUGGAAGGAAAACCCGAUGCAGAUCCAAUGAAUCAAAUCAGAACGGCCCGUCUUGUUGAAGGCUACUCGAUAGAAUAAUUUCCAAAUGCAGUUGAACGUCCUGUCCCCUGUAACUUGCCUUUCACUGUUAAAUACUGUCUUUGUUUUGGUGCAUAAUAUGCUUAAUAAUCCAUUGUAUAGUUAAUAUAAUAUUCUCAUUUGGAAUUCCAGGAAAGUAAUGGCAGAUCAUGCAUAUGUUUUUGGUGGUGAGUCUCUGUAUUCCGCUGCAUCUGUUCCAGAUGUACAAGAAAUGGGGCUGUGCAAUAGAGGAUUUUUUUUAAGGGAAAAAAGGCACAACAGCUUUGGUCUUUUUUUUGCCUGAUAAAAGAGUAGGCAUUGCUAUGAAGUCAGAACUAAAAAAAGGGAGAGCAAUAUGCUGAGAAGAAUGAUUAUAAAAAAAAAUUCUGAAAUCAAUAUUGCAGUGAACAUAUUCUUAUCUUUAUUGCAUUCGGUCAUUUAGCUGAUGCUUUUCUCCAAAACGGCUUAAAAUGUUAACGUGCCUGCAAUUACUUAGCCAUUUAUACAGCCAAGUAAUUUUUUUACUGGAGCAAUUUGAGGAUGAACGGGCUUUGGAGGCGCGAUGUCCCUCUGUCCGAGCGACUGGGGGAUAACUCUCCAAUCAGAAUGGUGCCGGGUCCCCCGGCCACCGUGGCCCCAACUGGCCCCAACAUUUCUUGGCUUCCGGAGGCGCCCCUGCUCACCCCAGAGCAGCCCAUCUUCCUCAUGACCACGGCUGCCCAGGCUGUGUCUGGCUUUUUUGUGUGGACUGCCUUGCUGCUCACUUGCCACCAGAUCUACAUGCACCUGCGCUACUACAGCUCCCCCAAUGAGCAGCGGCACAUCGUUCGCAUCCUCUUCAUCGUGCCCAUCUAUGCCUUUGACUCGUGGCUCAGCCUGCUCUUUUUCACCAAUGAGGAGUACUAUGUCUACUUUGACACUGUCAGGGACUGCUACGAGGCUUUUGUGAUCUACAAUUUCCUCAGCCUGUGCUAUGAGUACCUGGGUGGGGAGAGUGCCAUCAUGGCCGAGAUCAGGGGAAAGCCCAUCGAGUCAAGCUGUGUGUAUGGGACAUGCUGCCUCUGGGGAAAGACCUACUCUAUUGGAUUCCUCAGGUUCUGCAAGCAGGCCACCCUGCAGUUUUGCGUUGUGAAGCCCUUGAUGGCCAUGGUUACCGUCAUUCUGCAGGCAUUUGGGAAGUACAGGGAUGGUGACUUCAACGUAGCCAGCGGGUACCUGUACGUGACCAUCGUCUACAACAUCUCCGUCAGCCUGUCACUUUAUGCCCUCUUCCUCUUCUACUUUGCAACACGUGAACUGCUCAGCCCCUACAGCCCCAUGCUGAAGUUCUUCAUGGUUAAGUCUGUCAUAUUCCUCUCCUUCUGGCAGGGUAUGCUGCUGGCCAUCUUGGAGAAGUGUGGCGCCAUUCCUCAGAUCAGUUCGGCAGAGGUUUCUGUGGGCGAGGGCACAGUCGCCGCUGGCUACCAGAACUUCAUCAUAUGUGUGGAGAUGUUCUUUGCUGCCCUUGCUCUGCGUCACGCGUUCACCUACAAGGUCUACAUGGACAAACGGCUGGACUCCCAGGGGCCAGUUCCUACUUAUGGACAGUACGGCCGCUGCGCCCCAAUGAAGAGCAUCUCAAGCAGCCUGAAGGAGACGAUGAACCCAGGAGACAUGGUACAGGAUGCCAUCCACAACUUUUCCCCAGCUUACCAACAGUACACACAGCAGUCCACGCUGGAGCAGCGCUCUGGUCCUGCCAUGUCCCGCAGCCACAGUGCUGCCAGUGCCCGAGACAACGAGAAGACCCUGCUGCUCAGUUCUGAUGAUGAGUUUUGAGCUACACCACCUCUCCCCCACCUCUAUUGCAGAGGGAGGCUGGGAGUGGGGGGAGCAGCCCUGUUUUUUUUCCAUUAGCUUUUAAAGGAAUGGGGUGCUAUUGGGUCCACGCCCCACAAGCACUGUGGCACAAUCUCUAACAUACACACACACACACACACACACUCACACACUCACAGCUCAUCUGAUGGAUACAGACCAGUUCAGGAGUAUGACAGGUGCACACACGGUAACUUGCCCAUGACUAAUAGUUUGACCGUACAAAAUUGCUUAACCUCAAAAUGACAGGCGGACUGACCGACACGUGUUCAUGUGCCUAUAUAAUAGUGGAGUCUUCAGGACUUUUAGACUGCACCUUGAUUACACAGUUAAACAAUAAAAAGCACUUAAAAUUGCCUCCCACAGUCCAGAUGUAUCUAUUAUAUCAUAUUGGAUUUUGUAGAUGUGUGCAAACCUGUAUGCAUGACUUCCCAUAGACAAGGAAGAUAUGAGAAGUAGUGUAAGUGCACACACAUUUAAGGUACAUGAUGUGAUAAAUCAGAAUGUCAGCAAAUGUUAAGUAGUACUCAGAUUCAAGUACAGGCUCAUCAUUGCACAUUAUGGCCAUGAAUGAAUACACAAAGGUAGGUACACGUUAGCCAGAGGUUUCCUUAAAUCUACAUCCACAGCUGAUAUUUGCACCCAAGCAUAACAGGUCAGAAAUGGAUACCAUGUACACACAAUACACAACCACCCCCAAAGAAACGCGUUAGUUGAGUAAUUGACCAAAUCCGAGACUUUGACAGAUUUUGUCUUAGCCAUGACACACAGCCAUCAAAAGCUGAAUCAUCAUCAUCUCUUGCCUGCUGAGCUGCUUAUGUUGCCAAAUACAGGGAAUCCCUUACUAGUCCCAUGAACCCUUUUGUAUAACACUUCUUGUGGGAUUUUAUCAAACACAAUGGUACUCUACUGCAAUUUAAGUGACAUCACAUUCACCUAUUCAUAUUUAAUCUUACAAUGUGUGCACAUUCUCCAAAAAUCUCAUCAGUUACAAAUCUUUCCCCUCAAGCGCUUAAAGGGACAAUGUGUGGAUUUGUUGGAGGUGGACACGGACUUGGAGAUUUAAAGAAGAUUUCAUAUGAGAAGAGUUAGCUUUCAGUAUGUCAGGAGCAGCAUCUCAUUGUGUAGUGGAUUGUAAUGUUAUGGGGCAUUUUAAAAGACACAGACUAGACCAGCUUAUACCAGCAUGUUGCGCACUAGAUUAGAGCAAUAGGCAGGCAGCUUGGAUAACACACAUGAGAACUGCACAUCUGUACACUUCUAAGCAGUGCUGGAGUAUAGUUUUGAGUAAAAUGCACUUUGUUUUGAAACACUAGAUAUUAGCCUUACUGAGACAUUUUCUAUUCAAAGUACUUGCUGUCCUGUCUACCAUAACGGUACAUGUCAUACCCUGUCCGUGUACAGGUUAUCACUAAAAUUCCACAAUUAAUGGAGCUUAUUGUAAAACAGUGAUUUAUGGAACAGGCACUGCCCAGAUGGGAAGCAGCUGUCUAUCUUGGAAUUGCAUUGCACUCAAUGGAGGGUCUGCGUUGUACUGAUGGAUGCUGUUGCUCUGGGUACGCUUUUGGCAGUCCUACAGUUGCAUUACCUACUUAAUACCACUAAGGGACAGCAGUGGAGUUUUUUUUUUUUUUUUAUUUUGCAUUUUUCCACAAUGCUGAGCUUUUCUGGUUGUACAAUCAGGAGUACUGCAAAGUGUUUUACAAAUAGCUGUUAUUUUUAUGUCCAAAAUUGUGCGGUUUCCCUCGAUAGCAGAGUGCAUGUGUGAAAGCAGCUUUGCCUAGCUUUUUUUUUUUUUUUUU